AAACAGGCCCUCAUUGAUGAAUUGUAAUCCCACAAUAUUGUCACUUCCAACCAUCCAAACGCCCCUCAAACCCUAACACGCACAAUUUGCCAACACCCAACCCUAAUCCUCCAAAUUCACCAGAUUGUUCUAUCUGGAGAUCGAUUCUACCAAAGAUUUGAACUAUUAUCAAUCAUGUCUGCUGAGGGAGCCUCUGAUUCUUCGGCUCCUCGUUAUGCCCCGCCUGAUCCAACUUUGCCUGAACCCUGGAAGGGUUUAAUUGAUGGGAGCUCAGGUGUGAUGUACUAUUGGAACCCUGAAACUAAUAUCACUCAGUAUGAGAAACCUGCUGCUGUGCCGCCACCGGUGCCAUCAGGCCCACCUUCUGUGCCAUCUGCAUCUAAACCCGUGUCUGCACCGGGUACUAGGGUCGAACAGCCAAAUGGGAUUCCUGGUCAACAAACACACCAGAUGUUUACGACACCAGAACAACAAAUGCCACCUCAGCAAGGUAAUAGCAUACCUCAAUCAUACCAGGGUGUUGGUAUGGAACAACCGCAGAGCUACCAGUAUACACAUCAGCAACCGAUGCCCUACAUGGGGUAUCAACAGAGGCCACCUAAUAUGAUGCAGCCACCUCAGCAUCUACAGCAAUAUCCCCCUCAACAAGAUCACAGGGCUGCAUUCACGCAGAGAGAGGAUGCUCCGCCCGUUCAAAGUCAACCUUCAGAUGUUAAUCCCAUUCAACCACCACCGACGCAAUAUGGUGGCCCGCAGUUUAACAUGCAACAACCAUCUUCAUUUGGUCAAUUGCAGCCGAGUGGUGUUGAUUAUCAGCAACAUGGACCACAGUUCCAGAACCAAAUGGGUCAGCAGCCAAACAUUCCGUCAGUAGGAUCAAAAAUGGGCUUCGAGGAUAAUCCACCUGGAAGAGGCGGGAAUGAUCACUAUUUUAAUGCUAAAAAUGGUGGGCCUGGUACGGCCCCUCAUCAACCUAAGCUUGCAGCAAUUCCAGUGGCAAGAACUCAGAUGAAUGUUACACCUACCAUCCCUGGUGGGCCCGUCUCACAUAACAUGUACGGGCAAGCUACUGGUGGCCCUCCGUUUAUGAAUAAUGCUAUGAUGAGGCCAAAUCCAGCAGUUAUGGUUUCUCCAGAUGCUAUGAACUUGUCAUCUGUUGACAUGUAUCGUCAAAAACAUGACGUAACAGCAACGGGUGAUAAUGUUCCUGCUCCAUUCAUGUCAUUUGAAUCCACUGGAUUCCCUCCAGAAUUGUUGAGGGAGAUUUAUGCUGCUGGUUUUGCUUUCCCUACUCCAAUUCAGGCACAAACGUGGCCUAUUGCUCUACAAAACAGGGACAUAGUGGCAAUUGCAAAGACAGGUUCUGGUAAAACAUUAGGUUAUCUGAUCCCUGCUUUCAUGCUGCUUAGACAUUGUAACAACAAUCCCCAAAAUGGGCCCACGGUUGUUGUUUUAGCUCCCACUAGAGAACUUGCUACUCAAAUACAAGACGAGGCCAUCAAGUUCGGUCGAUCUGUCAGAAUAUCUUGCACAUGUUUGUAUGGCGGGGCUCCUAAGGGCCCACAACUGAAGGAGUUAGAACGAGGAGCAGAUAUUGUUGUAGCAACUCCAGGUCGACUAAAUGAUAUACUUGAAAUGAGGAAGGUUGACUUUCGUCAAGUUUCUCUUCUUGUGCUUGAUGAGGCUGAUAGGAUGCUUGAUAUGGGUUUCGAACCUCAAAUAAGGAAGAUUGUCAAUGAAAUACCUCCUCGCAGGCAGACCUUAAUGUAUACUGCCACUUGGCCGAAAGAAGUGAGGAAAAUAGCUGGUGAUCUUUUGGUCAAUCCUGUUCAGGUCAACAUUGGCAAUGCAGAUGAGCUUGCUGCAAACAAGUCUAUUACACAGUAUGUGGAAGUGGUCCCUCAAAUGGAGAAGCAGAGGCGUGUGGAGCAGAUUCUGAGAUCUGAAGAAAGGGGUUCCAAAAUUAUUAUUUUCUGUUCAACUAAAAAGCUAUGUGAUCAGCUUACACGUAGUAUUAGUCGUACUUUCGGUGCUGCUGCCAUUCAUGGAGACAAAUCUCAGGGUGAGAGAGACUUCGUUCUCAAUCAGUUCCGUUCUGGAAAGUCCCCCAUUUUAGUUGCUACUGAUGUUGCUGCACGUGGCCUUGACGUCAAGGACGUAAGGGUGGUGAUUAAUUAUGAUUUCCCGAACGGUGUGGAGGACUAUGUCCACCGAAUAGGGCGAACAGGAAGGGCAGGGGCAAAAGGGGUGGCUUACACUUUCUUUUCUGAACAGGAUUGGAAGCACGCUCCUGAUCUUAUCAAAGUUCUUGAGGGGGCCAAUCAGCCUGUGCCACAUGUGGUGCGAGAGAUUGCGACACGUGGCGGGCCUGGUUUCGGUAAGGACCGGGGUGGAAUGAGUCGCUUUGAUUCUGGAGGGGGUGGACAAUUUGAUUCUGGUGGUGGUCGUGGAGCCAUGAGGGAUGGUGGUUUUAGGGGCCGUGGUUUUGACUCAAGGGAUGGGGGUUUUGGUGGCCGUGGUGGUCCUGGUAGAGGUGACAUGCGGGAUGGCAGAUUUGGUGGCGGUGGUGACUUGAGGGACGGUGGUUUUGGUGGCCGUGGUGGUGGCUUUGGAGGCAGAGGUGGCCAGAGGGAUGGCGGGUUUGGAGGUCAUGGUGGAAUGAGAGACGGCGGUCGUGGCGGGGGAUUUGGUGGUCGUGGUGGAGGGAGAGAAGGCAACUUUGGUGGUCGUGGUGGAGGGAGGGACGGCAACUUUGGAGGCCGUGGUGGAGGGAGGGACGGCAACUUUGGUGGCCGUGGCGGACCUAGAGGUGUUGGAUUUGGUGGACCGGAUGGCGGUUGGGAUAGGAAUGAUAGAUUCAAGGAUUCCCGUGGUGGGCGCGGCAGAGGGCGAUUUGAUAACAGAAGAGAUGGCGACCGUAGCAGGGGAAGAAGCUAUAGCCGAAGCCGCAGCCGGAGCCGGUCACGUAGCCGUAGCUGGUCACGCAGCCGGAGCCGUAGUCGCAGCCGCAGCCGGACACCUGUAAGGCGUGAAAGACGGCGUGAAUCAAAAUUCGAUCAGAAAGAAGCAGAAGUGCCGGUUGUUGGUCUAAAUUCUGAAGCGAUGGGGAUGCAACCAGACGUUCGACCUGAGAGUAGCGUUGGUGUAAAUCAAAUUGCUGAACCCUGAUCCGUGGAUUAAUUUUCUGCAUCUGUUAUGUUUGAAUCUUUAUGGGUUGAGUUGUCAUUUUUGGUUCUGAUUUAAAACGUUAUGCAGUAUUAUUUAGGUUUAGAAUUGUAGUGAUACCAGACCCUAAUAUGUUUAAAUAGGGAUUUAUUUUUUCAUUACAAGAAUUGAAACGUUUUCGGUG